CUUGAGGACAGUGAGGAGGGGGUGGCAGCCCUUUUUUUAUCCCUCCCUCCAAAUUCCUCCCUGUGCCUUCCGGGGAAAGGGAGUUUUGGGCAACCUCCCUGCAAGGCAGCCUCUCCUUUGGCUGAUUCUCUUUCUCUUUUCAUGCAGAAAUCCCGGGUUUUGUGCGGUGCGACUUGUCCGGAAAAGACUAUAAGCAUCCCAGGGCCUGAACGGAGGAUCGUCCUGGUGGGCAGAAGCGGAAAUGGGAAAAGUGCGACAGGAAACACAAUUCUGGGAAGAAAAGUCUUUAAGCUUAGUAUGUCAUUUUGGCCAACAACAGAAGUAUGCCAAAAGGAGGAAGCACAGUUGAAUGGCAGGAAGGUUGUGGUUGUUGAUACGCCUGGAUUUUUCCAUAUCCAUCGUUCACAGAAGGAGAUUGCUGCAGAAGUGAGCAAGUGUGUGAAGUUUUGCUCCCUGGGUCCCCACGUCAUUCUGCAUGUGAUGCCUUUUGGUUGUUUCACCCGGAAAGAGCUGGAGGUAGCUCAGCUCAUCAAAGAGAUUUUUGGCUCUAAAGCCAAGAAUAACACAAUCCUCUUGUUAACCUGCAAAGAUCACCUGAAAGGUCGAUCUCUAGAACAAUUUAUAUCUGGCCUAGGUGAAGACCUGAAAGAAUACAUUGCUGAAUGUGGGAACCGGAUAUUGGCUUUCAACAACAAGGCCAAAGGGGAAGAACGAGAUGCUCAGGUGGCCGAAUUGAUGGUGAUGAUUGAUGAUCUGGUGGAAACGAACAGCCAUGCUCCUUGUUAGACUGAAGACAUGAUGAACGUCAACAAAAGACACAACUUCUGAUUGUUUCCCUUUCCAUCAGAGACCAAAAUGUCUCUCUAAUUAAGAGGCUGCUCCCAGAUCUCCCAUAGGCCUCAGCUCUUCUGUUUGGUCUUCUAAUCCAGCCCUCGCCAUGUGACCUCUGAAGAACCCAACUCAGAGAUAGACAGCUGAGUCCUCCUCAGCCAAUUCCUUCUCUCAGGAACCCAUUUUCUCCCCUCGGAUGACAGGACUUCCUUCAGGGGCAUGGGAAGAUCCUGUCCCCCCCCCCAAAUCAACAGGCCCCACAGUCUAAUACUCCACCACCUGUGCAAUUGUCCCUUUGGAAACACGGACUCUUUGGGGCUUCUCCAUCUGUCAGUCUUUCAAGGUCGACCAGGCCGGGAAACCAAUAACACGAGGAAUAUUAGAGUUUGACUUUACUGAUAUGGGUUAUAGUAGCAGAAUCUUACUUUAAAUAUGUUUUAUUCAUUUUUCACAUUCCAUUUGCAAUCACUUAUAUACAGGGUAUUUAGUAUAAGAAAAGAA